AUGAUGAUGAAGCUUUUCACCCUCCUCUUUUCAUCCCUCCUCGGCCUCCUCGUCGCCGCCCAGAAUGACGAUAACACACAGAAACAAGUCACCAUCCUGGCCGGCGGCCAAGGCUACGCCUACCACGGCUGCUACACCGAAACAACCGAUCUCUUCGUCAACACCACCUCCCGCCGCGCCCUCGACGGCGGCAGCAACAGCGUGCAGCCCGACAUCAUGACGGUCGAAAAGUGCUGGGAGUUCUGCGGCAAGGGGUCGUAUAAAUACGCCGGGUUGGAGUACUCCAGAGAAUGCUGGUGUUCCCAAACCCUGUCAACCCUCUCCACCAAGGUCUCCGACAAGGAAUGCGACCUCCCCUGCGACGGCAACAGCACACAGUCCUGCGGCGGGAGCCUCAAGUUGACCCUUUAUAUCAGCAGCGCAGCCGCCAGUCUUGCCGGGGGUCUCUCAUUGUUGGUAACGUUCGGAGCAGUGGGGAUGAUGGUGUUUGAUUCUGUCUUCUAAACCCGCCCCCACCUCUUCUCAAAACAUAGUAAUGUAAUGUAUAUAUGACACACACCAAACGAACCACACUGUUCGGAAUACACGUCCUGUUCGGGUAACCAUCCAUCUUAUUUAUUCCUUACCCAGUAUCCAUCCCCCCCAACCCCCUCUCCCUCACCCCCUGCCCAACAAACCCCCUGAUCCCCUCCACCGCCUCCUCCCACCCUUUUCUCCCCUCCUCCGUCUCCGUCUCCUCCUCAACCAACCACCCCAACCACCUAACCAACCCCCUCGCCUUCUCCAUAUCCCUCUCCACCGUCACCACACUCUUGACAUACCCUCCAAAAACCUCCACAUCCAUCUCAUGCGGCCCCUCCUCCUUAUUCAUCUCAAACCACGCCCUCACCAUCUUUUUGAUCUCCUCCAACUCCGUCACCUUCCCCUCCUCCCCCGUGAACGCCAGCUUCAGCGGCCUCCCAAACUCCAAAGUCUUCUGUUUCGGCGGUGCGGGAGGUCGACGGUGGCGGUGAUGCGCAGCGUCAACACUCAACUUCCUUCUGCGGUGAUCGUCAAUCACCUCCCUCCGCAUAUCCUCCGGCAAAGCCGCCAGCACUUCAGGGUCGAGAUCCUCGACCGCACCGGGGACGGCACGGGUAAAGUUUGUUUGAAAGAGUCUGGCCCCCCCGGAACCGGGUUGUUUGCCCCGACUGGAAAGGGAUUUACCGCCCCCCCGUUUGGGGGAGGGGGGAGGUCGUUCUUUAGGGAGGUGGUGGAUUGUCCCGUUUUUUCGGGGGGAGUGUGGACGGACUGCUUGUCGAGAGGGCGGCCGGCUUUGCCGGGAUGGACCGCCGCCGUAUUGAGCCCAUAUCUCUGCUCUCACGUCUUCUGGGAGGGAGUGAAAGACUUCGGGGUCGACGUCGGGGGGGACUUCCUCUGCCGUGGCCGGGCUGCCAGAGCGGGAUUUCGCAGCAGGGGCAGGGGAGGCGGGACGUUUGGCUCGGGCGAUUAGAUUGCUGCGGACAUCCUGGGGGAGUGCGGCCAGGACGGCAGGGUCGACUUGGGAGGGGAGGAUGAACUGUGUUCCUCGGACGUUGAGCGGGGCAUUGGCUUUUUCGUCGGCAGCGUUGGCUUCUGCGAGGGCGAGUGCCGGGUGGACUCUGGGUUUCUUGGGUGUUGAUGGGUCUUCGGUGAUGGGGUCGUGUUCGACUUCAUGCCCUGAGGAGGAUGAACGUUUGAGCUGGUACGGAACGUGGUCGUCGACAAUUUGUUCCCUCUCUCUCCUCGGUGGCGGAGGCUGAGCAGCAACAGCACUGCCAAAGUUCAGCUUCUUCUGACUGCCCUCUGGCGCUGCUGACGGUUUGAUGUGGUCAAGCUUGGUCAUCUGGACCCCUAUGCCUCUCAGAUCUCCAGGGCUGAACUUGUAAGACCUUCACAUCCGCCGAGACCGACUUCCUCACCGGCUGCUCCCCCAGCUCGCUCCUAUCAACCCCCCUCGCAUAAUCCCACAACCUCUCCCCCGUCUUCGGCCCCAGAACGCUCACCAACCUCUCCCUCGUCGUCCCCCUUAUAUCCUUCACAAACCUGAUCCCCAUCUCCUCCAGCCUCCCCCCAAUACUCCCCGCCACCCCAGGCAGCCCCUCCACCCCCAACUCCCCAAUCGAAUCCAACACCUCCUCCGGCCGAAUCUGAUGCUGCCCCGCCGGCUUCGCCCUCCUCAGCGCAACCUUGGCCAGCAGCACAUUCCCCCCGAUCCCCACCGAAACCUCACACCCCGUCCUCCUCCUCACCUCCCCCCUCAACCCCCUCGCAAUCUCCUCCGCCUUUUCCUGCUCCCGACGAAUACUCUCCUCAUCAACCCCCACCCCCGUCGACCCAACCCCCCUCAGCACCACAUCCGUCACAUCAACCAACGCCUCAUCAAUGCUGACACUCUGUACCACACCCCCAACCCCCAACAAAACCUGAUAAAAAACCUCGCUCGCCUUUUCAUACCCCGCAAAGUCGUACGGCAAGACCUUCAACCCUGGGCAGAGCUCCAGCGCGCGCUUCAUCCACAUGCCGUUUUUGACUCCAAAUUUCCUCGCGGGGUAGUUGCAACUCGCAAUCUCGGAGCCGCUGCCGGAACCGUGGGCUACGACGGUGGGUUUGUCGGCGUAUUCGGGGCAUUUCUGGAGGGAGAUGGCGCAGAAGAAAGAGUCAAAGUCUACGUGGAGGAUGUAUCUUCUCUGGUUGGGUUUCCGCUUGCUGGAAGGACGGGAGCAUGAUUGCGAGGUUAGUUUCUGGAGGCGGGAUUUGAGGUCGGAUUUCCAGGUUGAGAGGUGGUGGAGACGGGAGGUGGCGUAGUAUUUUGAUAAAAAGUCGGGGUUGGCGGUGGAGCAUUCGCGGACUUUGGGGUCGGAGAGGAGGAGGGCGUUGUGUUCUUCCGAGGUUAGGGGUUUGUUUGGGAUGGGUUUGGGUUUGGGUGGUGGUGGUGGUGGUGCCAUGGGGUCAGGAGAGGGUGGUUUUUGGGCUGAUCUGGGAGGUUCGUUUUGAGGUUUUGAGGGUGUGUCGAGGUCCAUGGCAUCGUCGAUGUCGUCGAUAUCCUCGUGCUUGGAGUUGUGGGUUUUGAAGGUUGGUCUUGGUUGAAAGGGGCUGCUGGACUGUUGUGAGGCUAGUUGGGAGGACUUUUGGAACUGGCUGUUGUAGAAGCUAUCACGGGUUUGUUCUCGAUAGCCCGUGGGAGACUUCGAUUGGGGUUGUUGGCUCGUCAUUUUGUUUCCGUCAAACUGGAUGGUCUUUUGCCGUGGGCCUUGUUCGAUGACGCGGUAGUCGGUCCAUGGUAACAGCUUACCGGCUUGGAUGGAGUCUACCACCCAGGACGGCUUGACGACACGGUAGUUGGUGAAGUCGAGGGACUUCUUUGGCGGCAUGGCCGAGGCGAUGAUAUGUGUUGCCGUGGUUUUGCCAUCGAGAUAUUGCAGAAAGCCAGCGCCAUGUUGAACGAGCUCUUUGUGAAGGCUAUAUACCUUAUGCAUCAGUUGUGAGAUCCGGAUACUAAAUAUAUAUAUAUAUGUGUGUGUGGUGUUGGAGAGAAAACUCACACAUGAAGAGGAGGUUGAGUGUAGCCCGUGACAUGCGCC